UGGCUAGCCCCGCCCAGUGCCAGGAUUCCAGGAUAGUGGCCAGGCGUGCAUGCAUGUGGUGACGCAUUUCCAGUUGCAUGGAAAAUCUUCUAUUUGUGUGACAACGAUCAGCAUUUGCAGCAGGUUUAGGAGUCAUGAGGGCUGUGAAACUGGGCUCGCGAAUCUAUGGUCCCGGUUGGGGUUUGAAGCGGUUAUCGCCAAGCUUCGUCUCGAGCUCUUGUUCGGCACGGGCGUGUGCUUCUUCUGCGGGGACUGGAAUGGCCGAAGAAGGGCGGACGACGCAAGAUGGUGAUCCCGUGGACUUGGCGAUGUCGGUUUUGGUGAAUUACCACGAGGAGACGAAGCAUAGGUCGCGGAAAUAUGCGCGAGGGCCGCAUAGGUUGGACUGGGCCAACCAGCCGAAUCCGUUUCGGCGUUACGACGGUGCCCGGGUGGUGCCACUGGAUCAUCUGCCAGAGUCUCCCACGCGGAGCAGCGACCCGCUGUGGCCAGUGAUUUUUGAGGAGAGCUUGGCCCCGAAGCCCCUGGACAAGAGCAGUCUCUCACAGCUGCUUUACGACAGUUUGGCAUUGUCGGCUUGGAAAGCCGCGAGGCGAUCCACUUGGUCGCUGCGGGUGAAUCCCAGCAGCGGGAAUUUGCACCCUACGGAGGGGUAUGUAAUUUGUGAUGCGAUUGAGGGGGUUUCGAUGACCCCAUUUGUUGCGCAUUAUGCUCCCUAUGAGCAUGUGCUGGAGAUUCGAGCGGAGAUCUCCGUGGAGAAGUGGAGGUACUUGUCUAGCGGCUUGCCUCCCGGGUCUUUGCUUUUUGGAUUUUCCUCCAUCUUCUGGAGAGAGUCUUGGAAGUAUGGCGAACGAGCAUUCAGAUAUUGCAAUCACGAUGUAGGGCAUGCAAUUGGAGCAGUGGCGAUUGCUUCCGCGUCUUUGGGUUGGAAUGCUUGCAUGCUGGACGGGUACAGCGUGCAUGAAAUUGGAUGUCUCCUUGGAUUGCCUCAAGUCAGGGUGAGCACAGAUCGAGGUCCUGUGAGGGGUGUAAUGCGGGAGCUUGAGACAGAGCACGCAGAUUGUGUCCUCGCAAUAUUCCCUUCUGGCCUAACAAUCUCCGAGCAGCCAAAUUACCAAGUCGCUAAACUAAUGGGCGAUGUGAAGUGGCAAGGCCAAAUGAGCGCUUUGAGCAAGGAGCACAUGAGUUGGGGCAUAAUCUAUGAGGCAGCUCAGGCCUCAGAGAAGAGCGCUGUGACUAGUGCUGCAAUUACAAGAUCUCUUCCUCUGCCUGAUUCGAUCAUUACAUCCGCGGAAUACGAACCUGUGACUGUACGACAGGUUGUUCGUAAGCGUAGGAGUGCUGAGAGCAUGGACAGCACAUACGCCAUGCUUGCAGAGGUGUUCUUCCAAAUUCUUGCUAAGACAUUGCCAACUGGAAGCGGGGAAACUCAAGGUGCUCCACGGCAGCUUCCUUUUGGAGCGUUGCCCUGGAAUGCUGAAGUUCACUUGGUAAUAUUUGCACAUCGUGUGGUUGGCUUGCAACCGGGAGUAUACAUAUUGGUGAGAAAUGAGGCAUAUACUAAAGAACUCGCAAAAUUAAUGAAACCGGAAUUUUCGUGGGAGAAGCCUGAGAUAUGUCCUCCUAGCUUACCACUCUACGCACUGCAGUAUGGAAACGUCACAGGCUUGGCACAGCGGCUUUCUUGUGACCAGGAGAUAGCCGGAGAUGGCUUCUUUAGCUUGGGCAUGUUGGCAAGGUUCGAGUCUGCGAUGAGGGACUUUGGUCCCUCGAUGUAUCCUCGCCUAUUUUGGGAGACAGGCUUAAUCGGUCAAAUGUUGUACCUGGAAGCACAUGCUUUUGGUGUUUCAGGGACAGGAAUCGGAUGCUUUUUUGAUGAUCCUGUGCAUACAGUGCUUGGCUUGAAGGACAACAAGUUCCAGAGUCUUUAUCACUUUACUAUUGGAGUUCCCGUAGAGGACAAACGCAUUCAGACUGUUCCGUCUUAUCCAGCCCCCCCAGGUGCAAAUUUCUGAUUUCAUGUUCAAGCUUUCUUUCCACCUGCGAUUCAAAAUCAUUUUAAUAGAGCUUCAUGUUUAUACUAUGGCAAGUGCCAAAUCUUACAUUGAUUCUUAGCUAGAUAUAAUUGGCACUUGUAUAUUGAUCUGUAUAGCUAGUCAGUAAAUAUUAGUUAGAGCAAGGAAAGGUAGAUGACAUCAGGUUCCCAAUGGAAUUUGAGGAUCAAUGCCGUCAGAACAGGCCUGUCAAGGCUGUACCAAAAUUAUGUAAAAAUAGGUGAGUCGUAUCUUGAGCCCUUCACUAGAUCAUAUCUUUUACAAAUUGUACAAGAUUACAGUAUAGUUUCUCUUAGCUGAUGCACUUGAAUCCUUGUUAUGGCUACCACUCAAUCUUUCUUUUAAUCAGCCCUUUGCCUGAUGCUAUUUACCAAGCUUACAACAUGCGCUCUUUUUGUACACAGAGAUAUAAACAGAUCGCUCAGUUGGGUGUGGGGAGUCAGAGCUCAACUUCAUAAUUUUAUAAAAAAAUGAACAUUCUGACAGUUGCAAUGAAACAUUCAAGAAUUUAAAUAAGUUUGGUGGUAAUAAUUUCAGAAUGGAAUCAUUCAAAGGUAGUACAGUAUGCUUCUGAUUGUCUUGUUAUCCAUAGGUAAUCAAGCCCGAAGAUAAUUUGAAAGAAAUGGUUUGUAUGGAAAUCUGAUGGAGUCUUACAGUGCACCAUUAUUCUGCCAGAUUACGACCACCAAUUAAGAGUAGAAGCUGGUGCACGUCUAAGUAAACUGAUACUUAAGUUUCCCAGCCAUAUGGGUCCUCCUCCUGGCCCUUCCCAAUGUCGUUUAUCAGCGUCUGCUAUUCACCACCCCUGCGUUGCACAGGCAUCAAGUCUUUCCGAUUCGUGCUCAUCCAGAGGAGCCCUUUGUUACAAGGUUGAAAGGCGCAGAUAGCAGCAUUUUGUUGAUGUCGAUGAUGUCUAUGACUGUAGAAUCAGAAGAGUGGGGGGGGGAUCAUGGGAAGAAUAUACGUUGUACACUUGAGGUUUUCGAUGUCAGCUUGUAAAGUUCACAUUUGUCUCGGA